AUGAAGGUACGAGCUCGCCUAGUGCAGGAAGCAUAUGGCGCUCUCGAGGGCAUAAGCUGCAGACCGAUUCAAGGCGCAAUGUACGCGAUGCCGAAGAUCGAGUUGCCCCGAAAGGCCGUGGAGGCAGCACAGGCCCGAAACAUGCAGCCAGAUUUUUUUUACGGAAUGCAACUUCUAGAGAAAACUGGAAUUUGCACUGUGCCCGGUAGUGGCUUUGGCCAACGCGAAGGCACGUGGCAUUUCAGGUCAUGGUAG